UGACAGCGAGGAAAGAGGCAGGAGAGCAUGUGAGGGAAAGGAGCUGGACCUGGGAAAGGCAGGGGGAAGUUUUGUUACUGCCCUGACCCGCAGGCAAGCUGCUCUGGUGCGUGUGUGUGUGCGGAGUUCCUCUCCCCCGGCUCCGGAGCUGCGGCAGGAGGAUGCCCGCACCUCUCUGGAUGCAGUGAGGGAUCACCCUGCCUGCUUCGGGAAGAGCCCCUGCGAGGUGAGAUUCUCCUGCCAGAAGAACACCCCUCCUUCCUCCUUCUCCUUCCCCUUGCCAAGGGCUGGAUUUCAAAGUGCCUCGCGAAGGGGAUGGCAGCUCCGGAGCAGCUCAGCUCGCAUGGGGCUGCUCUGCUGGGCACAACCCAGGUCCUGUGAGCCCCCAGAUCCUCGGGCUUUGUCAGGAAGGAAAUCCCAGGAGGAAAAGUCACUUCAGUGCAUUUCCCUGCGAGCAAACGAGCGUGAGAAGCCAGGCUUGGUUUGGGGAAAAAUCCAUCUGCAACCUGCGCUGUAAUUUCCAGUGGAGUGAAGAAAGUCGCUGAGCGGAACCCGAGAGGGAGGAAGCAUCCAGGAAGGAUAAAUCCGCUCUCCUCCUGCCAGGACUCCCCUGUGCUCCCACAGCUUUGUCCUCUGCAGGGACAGACGGACACUGGCACGUUGGGAGCAGGAGCCUGUGUGGGGAGGGGGAACCGUGGAGCUGUGCUGGAAGAGGCUGCGGGAUUCCCGGGAUAACCGCUGGAAGCACCUGGAGGGAGAGCAGCAGCUGCGAUGGAGUUUCCUGCCGUGGCACUGUCACUCAUCGUGGCGCUGCGAAUGUCCCCGCUGGCUGCUGGCAGCAAACUGCAGCCCCACAUGCCGAACGUGUGUGCAGAGCAGCAGCUGGGGGUGGUGGGGCUGCGGCAGCCGUGCGUGCAGGCGCUGAGCCGCGCCGCCCGUGUGUGGCAGCAGGACUGCGGGGGCCGCCGCUGGUGCGCGGGCUACGAGCGCAGGGUUGUGUAUUACACAGGCUACAGGCAGGUGUACCAGCUGAGGUCCCAGACCACCUACAGGUGCUGCCCAGGAUGGUCCCAGCUGGCAGGGGAUGCUGGCUGCCUGCACAGUAAGUGUCACUCUGCUCUGCUCAACUUCCUGGGGUCUGGCUCAUUUCAAGUCCUGUGCCUGCAGGAAAUGCUCUAAAAAUGUCUUUAAAUGUCUUUAAAAAUGUGCUGAAAAAUAACUGUCAUGGGGUUUUAUUAGUUUUUUUUCCUGGUGUAACAACAACAACAACAA